CACCGACGCCCGCCAUUUGUGUAUGCUGUCAAAAUUGUACUAAUGUCGUGAAAUCGCGCAUAAUUUUUGUUCGUUCGAGGCGUAAUAUAUUAAAACAUCAUUUGUAGCUAUAAUUUUCUUUAGUUUAUAAAAUGUCGAAUAUAUCUCUCGAUAAGGAAACAUUCUAUCGUCGUAUGAAAAAGCUGUAUGCAGCAUGGAAGGCUGCAGCAGCGGAUUCAAAAGGCGAGGAUGCUUUCUCAAAAGUGGAUUGCUUUGUUUCAUGUGUCGGAGUUGACGAAGAUACGCUUUACAGCAAAUCAACAGCAUUACAGACAUGGCUGUUUGGAUAUGAGUUGCCUGAUACAAUCACAGUACUUACCGAACAAAGCAUGUGUUUCCUCGCCAGUAAAAAGAAGAUAGAAUUCUUAAGGCAAAUAGAAAAUGGAAAAGAGGAGACAGAACUACCACCUGUCAAACUUCUUAUUAGAGAUAGGAAUGAUAAAGAUAAGGAAAACUUCAACAAACUCAUACAAGAAAUUAAGAAAUCUAAAUCAGGAAAAACCCUUGGUGUGUUUGCCAAGGACAACUACCCUGGUGAAUUCUGUGAGAGUUGGAAGACAGCAAUGAAGACAGAGAAGUUUGAAAAUGUAGAUAUAAGUUCAUCAAUAGCUCUCCUCAUGGCUCCUAAGGAAGACCCGGAAGUCAUCACUGUGAAAAAAGCCUGUUUGGUCACUGUUGAUGUUUUUACGAAGUACUUAAAAGAUCAAAUAAUGGAAAUCAUUGAUUCUGAUAAGAAAGUGAAGCACUCAAAACUAGCUGAAGGAGUAGAAGCUGCAAUAUCAGACAAGAAGUAUGUCACAGGAGUAGACACAAGCCAAGUAGACAUGUGUUACCCACCCAUCAUUCAGUCCGGUGGAAACUACAGCCUCAAAUUCAGUGCUGUAUCAGACAAGAACCAUUUGCAUUUCGGAGCUAUAGUUUGCUCAUUGGGUGCUAGAUAUAAGUCUUAUUGUUCCAAUAUAGUACGUACAUUGCUGGUGAACCCAACAGAUGAAGUACAGAGUAAUUACAAUUUCCUCUUGAAUCUGGAGGAGGAAGUAAUGAAGCACCUGGUGGCUGGUGCAAAGUUGUCAGCUGUUUACGAAGCGGGCUUGGAGCUAGCGAAAAAGGAGAAACCAUCUUUGGUAGAUAAUCUCACUAAAACAUUUGGAUUCGCUAUGGGGAUAGAGUUUCGCGAAAGCUCCAUUGUGAUUGGUCCAAAAACAUCAGUUGUGGCCAAGAAAGGAAUGGUGUUUAAUAUCAACAUUGGUCUUGCUAAUUUACAAAAUAGUGCUGCUACCGACAAAGAGGGAAAGACAUACGCAUUAUUCAUUGGCGACACAGUGCUAGUGAACGAAGAACAACCUGCUUCGCUCCUCACACAGUCCAAAAAGAAGAUCAAGAACAUUGGUAUCUUCCUCAAGGACGACGACGAAGAUGAGGAAGAAGAAAAAGAGAACAAGACUGAAAUACUCGGUCAGCACGCAAUAAUAAGCAGAGGAAAGAGAACAGCCGUGAUCGAAUCGAAGCUUCGCACAGAACAUUCCUCGGAAGAGAAAAGGAAAGAGCAUCAGAGGGAGCUAGCGAUAGCGCUGAAUGAGAAGGCGAAGGAGAGGUUGGCGAAGCAGUCCAGCGGGAAGGAUGGAGAGAAGAUUAGGAAAAGCACAGUUUCUUAUAAAAGCGUUAGUCAGAUGCCGAGGGAAAAUGAAGUCAAGGAGUUAAAGUUGUAUGUUGAUCGCAAAUACGAGACGGUUAUAUUACCCAUAUUCGGCAUCCCAGUCCCGUUCCACAUCUCGACAAUCAAGAACAUCUCCCAGUCGGUGGAGGGAGACUACACGUACCUCCGUAUCAACUUCUUCCAUCCUGGCGCGACCAUGGGUAGGAAUGAGGGCGGGAACUACGCACAGCCCGACGCUACGUUUGUUAAAGAAGUCACAUACCGAAGUACAAACACUAAAGAGCCAGGCGAGAUAUCCCCUCCAUCCUCCAACCUCAACACCGGCUUCAGACUCAUCAAGGAAGUCCAAAAGAAGUUCAAGACGAGAGAGGCCGAAGAACGCGAGAAGGAAGAUUUGGUCAAACAAGAUACCUUAGUUUUAUCACAGAGCAAAGGAAACCCAAAGCUGAAAGAUCUGUACAUAAGGCCGAAUAUCGUGACAAAGAGGAUGAGCGGGUCGUUAGAAGCGCACACUAACGGAUUUAGGUUCACAUCAGUGAGAGGAGAUAAAGUGGAUAUAUUGUAUAAUAAUAUAAAGAAUGCGAUAUUCCAGCCGUGUGAUGGAGAGAUGAUUAUACUUUUACAUUUCCAUUUGAAACAUGCUAUUAUGUUUGGCAAGAAGAAGCACGUGGACGUGCAGCUGUACACGGAGGUGGGCGAGAUCACGACGGACCUGGGCAAGCACCAGCACAUGCACGACCGCGACGACCUGGCGGCGGAGCAGAGCGAGCGCGAGCUGCGACACAAGCUCAAGCUGGCCUUCAAGAGCUUCUGCGAGCGCGUCGAGACCAUCACCAAGCAGGAGGUCGAGUUCGACACGCCCUUCAGAGAACUUGGCUUCCCCGGUGCCCCGUUCCGCAGCACAGUCCUCCUACAACCCACGUCCGGAGCGCUAGUGAACCUCACAGAAUGGCCUCCGUUCGUGAUAGCCCUUGAAGACGUGGAGUUGGUACAUUUUGAACGAGUGCAGUUCCAUCUCAAGAACUUCGAUAUGGUGUUUGUGUUUAAGGAUUAUGCGAAAAAGGUGGCCAUGGUCAAUGCUGUGCCUAUGAACAUGCUGGAUCAUGUCAAGGAAUGGCUCAACUCAUGCGACAUCCGCUACUCAGAAGGUAUCCAAUCGCUCAAUUGGACAAAGGUCAUGAAGACCAUCACAGAUGAUAUAGAAGGCUUCUUCGACAACGGCGGCUGGUCCUUCUUGGACCCGGAGUCUGAUGUCGAGAAUGCUGAACAGGAGGAUGAAUCUGAAGAGGAGGACGACGCGUACGAGCCCACGGACGCGGAGUCCGAGGAGGAGUCUGAGGAGGACUCCGAGUACGACUCCGAGGCCUCCGACGAGUCCGACGGCGACAGCGAAAGCAAUGAAGAGGAUGAAGAGUCCGGCAAGGACUGGUCCGAUUUAGAACGCGAGGCGGCCGAGGAGGACAAGAAAGAGAGAGGCUACGAGCGGCCGGACGACUUCGACCGGAAGCGGAAGGGCGGCCACCCGCGCGACUUCCACGACCGGAAGAAGAGCAAACACGACAAGAGCCACAAGAGUUCUCAUCAUAAGAGUUCCAGUUCCAAUCACAAGAGCUCCAGCUCUAACCACAAGAGUUCCAGUCACAAGAGCCCGUCGAAACACAGUAAAGAUAAGGAUAGCCCAUCGAAGAACCGCGACAAGCACAAGUCUCACGGCGAGCGCUCGAGCAAGCCCAACGGCGACCACAAGCGCAGCGAGAAGCCGCACAAGCGCUCCAGGGACGACAGCCGCGAACACGGACGCAGCCCCAAGAAACCCAAGAAAUAAUCGCCAUAACACCUUGUUUGGAUUUAAACGGGUUCCAAUCUCUACACGCGGCUAUCUGUUUGUAUGUGAUUGAUUUCAACAUAUGUCCGUCUGCAUAAUGUUCAAAUCGUCGUGAAUGUUUGUACUGUAGAUUAAUUUUUAUUCCAGCGAUAUUGUAAUUUAAUUGGAAAACAAACAGUAAAUAUAAGGAUUUAUUAUGUAA